CUUCUCCCCCUCCCUUCCCUCGGCCCCUCUGCUUUCCCGCAGCCACGCUUUCUCUAGUGUCUGCCCUCAUCCUGUGAUCGCAUCGCUUCCAUAACAAACAGCGGCGCCAACCUCUGCGAUGGCUGACUUGUCGGCUGGCCCGGCGCCCCCAAUCCUGGAGGGCGGUGCUCGCUCCGGUUGAGGCGCCGGCGCCCGUGGCCGAGGCCCCAACGCCGCGGCCCCCAGCGGCGCCCUGCGGCGACGCCGCGGGGCCGGUGGUCGAGUAUCCGAACCCGCUGACGGGGAGGAGAACACGGUCAACCUGUCGCCACACUUCGUCGGGCGGCUUGGGGGGGCCUUCUCGUUCAUGUGCACACUGACGAUGGAGGGCAUCGACAGCUGGACCCGCGUGUUCGACUUCUCCCUCCAGGCCGACGAGGACAGCAUCACUGCAGGGGCCAUCGAUCUCACUCUCAACCUGCACUUCACCGUUUUCCGGGGCAAGAAGCCGAUCAGCCUGCGAGUGGACAAUUUCUUCGAGCUCGGAAAGGAGUUUACGAUGCUGUGCACGGUCUCGGACUCGGGGCACAUGAAGGUGUUCAAGGACGGGGUGCUCGCGGGCGAGAAGGUGGAUGGCCUGGCGCCCCUUACCAUGGACAGGCCGCGCAUGUACCUGGGCGGCCACUUCCAGUUCAGCAACCAGACCUUCCGCGGCAGCAUCAAGGACGCGAAGGUCUGGAAUCGCGAGGUCUCCUGGCCGGCUCUGGCCGCCGUUCCUGGCAAGACCGCCGAGGACGACCCGUGCAUGGGGCUCGACGGUGCCCUGGACGCGGCGGCGGCGGAGCUCAUAGUGGCCCAGAAGCCAGCGCCGGGUGCCGAGGCAGCAGAAGCUGCCGAGGCGGGCGAAGGCGACGGGGGCGCCAGCGUGCGGCUCGACCAGGAUGAGCAUCCAGCGGUGGUCGCGCAACCGGAGGUGCUCACAGCCGGUCCAGGCGCCGCUGCGGGCGAAUGCGACGAGGGCGCUCCUCGCGCCCGCGCGUGAGAGGCCCCCCCCGGGGCCCAUCAAUCGGGGGCGCCCUGCGCUCCGCAUGAGCCGCCGGAUGGCUCCGUGACGCCUGAGCAGGUGAGUAGGAGCACCAUGCAUCCAUGCUACUAGCUGUGACCCACUUCGUUGUGUGUGGCUUUGCUUCGACUCCGCCAAUUUACAUGCAAUCACGCAUCGAACUUUUGAACUUGAAGCGCAUGUGGUGUUGCCAUAAACGCUCGUUCUGAGCGUCUAUUGAGCCAGUUCGGGGCUCAAUGCAGGCAUGACUUUAAAUUUGUAGGUUUCUGAUAGGCUUCGCCCUCUGCUACCGGCUCCCUAGACGGAGGCAGCUUGGCAAACAUCGGAGGCUCAGAGGUGAGACCGAAAUCUGCGAUCGGACUGUGCAGAACAUCAUAUUAUUUAGUCAACGCCCCGAUGGUACACUGGUGGACCCUUGCGCGCUUGGGGGGCACCUGCAGGACCGGCGUUUUGUUCGCAUUGUGGCGGCAUGCCUUGGCCGAUGUACCAC